AUGGACGAUAACAACUGGCUUGAACAAUCAGAUAUUCAAGAGGCAUUAAUCUGGACUUCAGACGGAUCAAUCAAGACACUACUGUGCCUGGCCUGCUACCAGGACAAAGGCACCAAGGUCCCCUCUGUUGACCCCCAGCCUCGCGCCACAUAUGUGGGCGAAGUUAUUCACUGCGAUCUGGGCGAGAUUAAUCCCACUUCGGUAGAAAACAAUAAGUAUUAUGACUUAAAGCCCGACGACCCGUCGAGGCACUGCGCCUUUAAUACUUACAAAAGCAAGGAUCUGGUUACCGAAAGCCUGUUGUCGUAUGUCUGCAUUAUCCAGGAAGGCAUCAAUGGUCACACUCCCCCGAAACGUCUGCAGACCGUACAAGUCACCGGUGCCAAGGACUUCCUGAGGCAGUUGAUCGCUCUCACCGACUACUGCAACAAAGAGAAGAUUCAGACCGUCAUCUCUACGUCACACAACCGCUACGAAAAGAGCGUGGCAGAGUGUGGCAUUGGCUUCGUUCAAACGGCAGCCCGUGCUACUGGUAUUCACACCAAAACACCAAUGUGCUUCUGGGACUGCACCCUGUCCUUCACCUACGAAACGAUAAGCAGGACAGCAGGACCGGCCAGCCCACGGUAG